AUGACUGAGAACACCAUUGUCAUAGAUACUGGCUCUGGCUUUCUGAAGGCUGGCUGGAGUGGCUACAAUGCGCCCCAGCUGAUCCAGCCGAGCAUCGUGAGCAAAAAGAUCAAUUUGAAGGAUCCCUCCUCCAGCAAGGACCAAAUGCAGCUGCAGUUUGGCAUUGACGAGAACCCCCAUGUCUUCAGCCACCCCAUCCACCAGGGCUGUGUCAUCAACUGGGAUGCCAUGGAGUUCAUCUGGUCAUUUAUCUUGGAGAAGCUCAAGUGGAAUGUGGCGAAUACCCGCAUUCUGCUUACAGAAUCUACCCUGAGGAGUGCGCAGGAACGGCAGAAGACCUUGGAGAUAAUGUUCGAGCGGCUGGGAGUACAGUCCAUCAUGCUGGCUGACGAACUUCAGCUGUCCCUGUUUUCUCAGGGCUUCCUCUGCGGUGUGGUGAUGGACUGUGGCUUUGGCCUUACCCGGGUGCAGUGCUUUUCUCAGGGCAGCCCUUUAGUGAAGAGCAGGCAGGUGAUGAAAUGGGGAGACCAGUACAUAACCUCUUACCUCCUCAAAGAACUCUUUAGGGACAGGUACGAUGAGAACCAAGCAGUGAAGAUGAAGAAGGUCUCCUUUAUCCAGAUGCAGGCAUGCCAUGUGCCAGAGGACUUUAAGUCCCCUCUGGACAUGGCUCCAGACUUGCAGACAAGCAGCAACUUUCAGCUUCCUGAUGGCACCUGUGUGACCCUGGACCCCUUCCACAAGAUAGCUCCUGAGUUGUUUUUCAGCCCCCAUAUCUUCAACUUGCCAGGGCCCAGCCUCCCCAUGGCUGUCCUGGACUCUGUCCACUCUUGUCCAAUCGACUUGGAGCCACAGCUUGUCUCCAACCUGCUGGUCUGUGGUGGGGCCUCCCUCUACCGUGGCUUCACCCAGCGCCUGCACAAGAGGCUGGUUUUGGAGCAUUUCUCCAGGAUCUACAGUGCAGUUGCACUACGGGCCAAUUCUACCCGGAACUUUAGCGUCUGGCUCGGAGGGUCUGUGUUGGCUCAUUUGUCUUCUUAUGAGUCUAUGUGGAUAAAAAGAGCAGAGUAUUAUGAGAGGCUGUAA